UUAAAUAAUGAGAGUUUUUAUCCCUGCAGGUUGACAAAGUUGCUGAAUUGGUGGCCAGGUGGUUCUACUGUGCCCUGAGCCAGGAGAAGCUGCGUCGGCCCAUCGUGGCCUGUGAGCUGGGCAGGCUGUACAACAAAGAUGCCAUCAUUGAAUAUUUGUUGGACAAAUCCCCUGAUAAAACCCCCAUGGAAUCUGCAUCCCAUAUCAAGAGCAUUAAGAAUGUGACAGAACUGCAGCUGGUGGAUAACCCAGCGUGGUGUGGGGACAAGGAGAGCAUCAAGGGGGACAAGUACGAUGACCUGCAGUCUGCACGCUUCAUCUGCCCCGUGGUGGGGCUGGAGAUGAACGGGAGGCACAGGUUCUGCUUCUUGAGAAACUGUGGCUGUGUGUUCUCUGAGCGUGCUCUCAAAGAAAUUAAAGCAGAAGUUUGUCACAAGUCCUUUCUUUUCUUUCAUAAGUGUGGCACUCCCUUUCAAGAGGAGGAUGUGAUUGUCCUUAAUGGUAAUAAAGAAGAUGUGGAAAUCCUGAAGAAAAGGAUGGAGGAAAGAAGACUUAAAAGUAAAUUAGAAAAGAAAUCAAAGAAAGGCAAGACAGCAGCAGCAGCUUCUCAGCAGGAGCCCUCUGCAGAUUCUGCAGGUCCUUCAAAAGUUAAGAAUGGAAAGGAUUGUGUCAGUUCCAGCUCUGGGGAAAACAGGCAAAUCAUCUUCACCAAAAGUUCAGAGAAUGGAAAUCCAUCAGUCCCAGGAAAAGUCAAUAAAGCUUCUUCCACCACCACCAAGAGAUCCAUUGCAGACAGUGAGGACAAGUCUGAGGCUUACAAAUCUAUUUUUACAACUCACAGCUCAGCAAAACGUUCCAAGGAGGAGUGUUCCAACUGGGUUACUCACACAGCUUACUAUUUCUGAAACAAUGAGAGCCUCAGUGGAGCACCCAGGGCUCCUUUCCUCCCCCCUGGCUCUCUGUGUCCAGCUCUGAGACAGAAAUUCCGUGCUGAUCUGAUCCUGCCUGGAAUUCCUCAGUUUCUGUGUUGGUUAUAAACCUGUUGGUAGCUGGGGAACCUUUGUCAGCUGCAGCUUCUGUUAAAUAAAAAGCAGACCAGCAGAAUCUGUGUUGUACCAGCAGGUUUCUUUCUGAAAUGUUAUUAUUUUUGCACAGAAAUUCUUCUUUUCUCCUCCCAGCUGGAUGUUGUCAUUCUGAGCCACAGAGUCCUCAGGAGCAGCAGAGAGGGAGAAGUUCCUGCUCUCCUCCUCUGUUGGUUUGUGCCACCUCUGUAAAUACAAUUUCCAGUGUAUUACUACAGAAUUCAAACCCUCUGUAACUUUCUGACAGCAAAAAGAGAAAUAAUGACUUUUUUUGUCAAGCUAACAGGGCCCUCAGUAGAACUAUAUAUUUUUAAAAGUUUCUGCAGGAUAUUUUCAAAUAAUUUACCUCUGGACAGAGCAGAUGACAGCACAGUCAUGAAAAUGUUUGUGCAACAUUCUUGUCCAUGUUGUUGUAGCCUGUUUUUAACAGCAGAAUAUUCCCUUGUUAAUGUUUGAAUCCCAUAAUACCCACAUGGAAUGACCAGAGGGAAGGCUGGAAGCUUUUCACUUUCCUCUCUCCUUCUUUUAAAAUUGAAAUCUGCUCUUCUAAUCUUGGCACAAACUAACCAGAAUAGAAAUGCAGAAAGUAGGAGGCUUUUAAAACCACUGCAUGAUGUUACCUUGUUACCUUUGUGUGUGAAAAUGAUUAAUUAUCCUUGUAAUUUCUUUUUAAAAGUGUCCCCAUGUAUAAUUGGCAGUAGUUACCUGGAAAUUCAAAUGCUGUGUUGAUAUUUGCAUAGAUGGUCUCCGUGAUUCAAACAGCUUGAAUGAAACUGCUGGGAUUUUAUUAUUAUUUUGAUAGGUAUAAUUAAAAAUUGGCUUGCUGUAGAAUUUA